AGUCUGCAAAGCUGAAUGACCAUUGUGGGAUUUUUAUUCAGAAGCUGCCAGGAAAGCCAACUCUUCUGGAGGCACGGUUUAGCUAGGGAAACAGUGGGGGUCAUCAACGCUGGCAAGAGCCGGCACAAUGAGGACCAGGCUUGCUGUGAAGUGGUGUAUGUGGAAGGCCGCAGGAGUGUUUCAGGGGCCCCUAGGGAGCCUAGCAGAGGCCAGGGACUCUGCUUCUACUACUGGGGUCUGUUUGACGGACAUGCAGGGGGCGGAGCUGCUGAAAUGGCCUCUAGGCUGUUGCAUCGACACAUCCGGGAGCAACUAAAGGACCUAGUAGAAAUCCUUCAGGACCCCUCACCACCUCCCCUUUGCCUCCCCUCCAUCCCUGGGGCCCCAGGCUCCUUGGAUGGCCCUCACUUGGUUGGCCCUCAGCCCUCCUGGUCUUCACAGAAGGAAGUGACCCAUGACAGCCUAGUGAUAGGGGCCAUUGAAAAUGCCUUCCAGCUCAUGGAUGAGCAGAUGGCCUGGGAGCGGCACGGCCACCAAGUGGAGGGGGGCUGCUGUGCGCUGGUUGUGGUGUAUCUGCUAGGCAAGGUGUAUGUGGCCAAUGCAGGCGACAGCAGAGCCAUCAUUGUCCGGAAUGGUGAGGUCAUUCCAAUGUCCCGGGAGUUUACCCCGGAGACUGAGCGCCAGCGUCUUCAGCUGCUUGGUUUCCUGAAACCAGAGCUGCUGGGCAAUGAAUUUACUCACCUUGAGUUCCCCCGAAGAAUCCAGCCCAAGGAGCUGGGGCAGAGGAUGCUGUACAGGGACCAGAACAUGACUGGCUGGGCCUACAAAAAGAUCGAGCUGGAGGAUCUCAGGUUUCCUCUGGUCUGUGGGGAGGGCAAAAAGGCCAGAGUGAUGGCCACCAUUGGGGUGACCCGGGGCUUGGGAGACCACAACCUGAAGGUCUGCAGUUCCACCCUGCCCAUCAAGCCCUUCCUCUCCUGCUUCCCUGAGGUACAGGUAUAUGACCUGACACAGUAUGAGCACUGCCCAGACGACGUGCUAGUCCUGGGAACAGAUGGCCUGUGGGAUGUCACCAGUGACUGUGAGGUAGCCGCCACAGUGGACAGGGUGCUGUCAGCCUAUGAGCCCAAUGACCCAAGCAGGUAUACAGCUCUGGCCCAAGCUCUGGUCUUGGGGGCCCGGGGCAUCCCACGGGACCGUGGCUGGCGUCUCUCCAACAACAAGCUGGGUUCUGGGGACGACAUCUCCGUCUUUGUCAUCCCCCUGGGAGGGCCAGGCAGUUACUCCUGAGGAGCUCGGCUUCAGCCCUCCCACCGCCACCAUCCCCUCUCCCAGCGCAAACUCUGAAGUUGUCUCCUUGACCCUUCUUUAGUGACAAUUUAACCAACAAAGGGAUGUCUGACAGAACCAGAAUUACAGCUACUGGCAAAUAAACCAAAUAGA